AUGAGGGAGCACCUGGGGGAGCGGAAAAGGGAGCACCUGGGGGGGAGGGGGGGAGCAGCUGAGGGAGAGGGUGGGAGAGCAGCUGAGGGAGAGGAAAAGGGAGCAGCUGGGGGAGAGGGGAUGAGGGAGCACCUGGGGGAGCGGAAAAGGGAGCACCUGGGGGGGAGGGGGGGAGCAGCUGAGGGAGAGGGUGGGAGAGGGUGGGAGAGCAGCUCAGGGAGAGGAAAAGGGAGCAGCUGGGGGAGAAGGGAUGAGGGAGCACCUGGGGGAGAGGGUGGGAGAGCAGCUGAGGGAGAGGAAAAGGGAGCAGCUGGGGGAGAGGGGGGAACAGCUGGGGGAGAGGGGAUGAGGGAGCACCUGGGGGAGAGGAAAAGGGAGCAGCUGGGGGAGAGGGGGGAGCAGCUGGGGGAUGAGGGAGCACCUGGGGGAGAGGAAAAGGGAGCAGCUGGGGGAGAGGGGGGAGCAGCUGGGGGAGAGAGGGAGGGAGUAGCUGGGGGGGAGGGGGGGCAGCUUGGGGAGAGGGGAUGA